GUCUUUUUGAAAUUUUACUCUAAAAAGACUUAUUUGAAAAGUUUUUCAAAACACUUGUCCAAAUGGAGUUGACUGUCGAAAUUUUACCGUCGAUUUUGACGGGGUUCCAACGGAAUUGACGUUUCUUGGGUCUUACGCCGUUACUCGGAUCCAACACGCUUUAUAUGACUUUGCCGCCUUAUUAACGUCGUUGGGAAUAUAUCUACAAAAUAAAUAAUUAGUAUUAAAUUUCACUUUUCCGCCUUUCCGUAUUUUUUUUUCUCUUGUUCCAUCCCUCUCUCUCUCUCUCUCUCAGUUCCUGAGAGAAUCCCUCCGCCGAGAGACGCUGAGGACGAGGAGAAUGGGUUUCUCUCUCCGCCGGAUUGCUGCUCUUUCCGUCGUCCUUUCGUUCUGCGUUUUGUUUUCUUUUGCAUCAUUUCCUCCCAGCGCCACCGCACUUAAAGGCAUUGAUGUGGGAAAUCCGGCUGUGGACGUUACACCAUCGACUUUGGUUGAGCACGAUGGGUCUAAAGGUGCAGCAUUGUGCGAGCGUGUUCAAGUUUCCGGCAUCUCUAGAUUGAAACUGGCCAAGUACGUAACUGCAUAUCGAGUGAUGGUGGCCCCUUCUGUGGUUAUUCCAGAAAGGCUGCAUCAUAAGAUACAAAUAUGCAUCCAGAGGAAUUCUUCACUUGGAUUGUGCCAGUGUGGGAAGGAUGAUUGGAAAAAUUUACAGAAGGGAGUUCUGAUGUCUGUUGGAUCACCCUACGAGGAUAGAUAUAUUGAUGUGAAAUUUGCUGCAGACCUUUCUGGUUCUGUGACCGUCACUAUUCAAGAAGAUUUUCAGCAGUGGCGGUUGGGAUUGUUGGCUUUGGGCGUGAUUUUGUUCUUUUUGGCACCAGUUAUUAGCAGUUGGGUGCCUUUCUACUACAGUAGUUCAAUGGCUAUAGGCAUAUGCGUUGUUGUGCUUAUCCUCCUAUUUCAGGGGAUGAAACUAUUGCCGACAAAUAGGAAGAAUUUUUUCUACCUUACCAUUUAUGGUUCUGUGCUUGGAGCAGGAUCUUUUCUACUAAAACAUUUCUCAAUGAUGGUCAAUUCCCUUCUAGUCAACUUUGGGCUCAGUGAAGAGAUGCAUAAUCCUGUCUCUGUUUUCCUAUUUGUUGGAAUUGUCAUUGCGGGGGCUGGACUCGGUUAUUGGCUUGUCCGCAAAUUUGUCAUUGCAGAAGAUGGAAGUGUUGAUGUCGGCAUCGCUCAAUUUGUGAAAUGGGCCAUACGAACAAUUGCUGUUACUUUGAUUCUCCAGAGCACUCUUGACACUCCUUUGGCAAUUUUGAUGCUGGGUUCUUGUUUGUUGUGUUACUUCCUAUUUACCUCAGUGAACUGGGAUGAGGCUGGGUUGCAAUCAUUUUCUCAGAGUGGGAGCUCUUGGCCAUGGAGUACUGACAAUGCAAUUGUUAAACACAAACAUGCUGAGUUUUACAGCAGACCCUGGAAGAAGGAUCCUCGAAGUACCAUUUGGGAUAUCCCAAAAGGCUCAUUUCCGAAGUCUCCUGUAAAAGGUAUUCUUCUAAGUCAUUUUCUACGUAGCAAGUAUAUUACUUGAUAGCUAAACACUUUAACAUGCAUGACAGAUACUAUGAUGCCUUUAGUUUUGCUUGGUUGAGAUGGGUUAUUAAAGGUUAAAAGUAAUGGAUUUUUGGUAGGUUGCCAUUCCUCUUUUUGAAUUAUCUUUCUGAAAUGUUAUGAUAAAUCGGCUGAGUAGAGGUAACAUUCUGAGCCAACACUUUAGGUAUCUCGCAUGAGAUCCUGGAAAAAUUCGCAUAUCACUGCUUCAAGUUCCAAAAUUGAGCAUAUCCAUAUGGAGCAACAUGGUUUCCUUGCAUGUUCACCAAAAGAUGAAAGUACAUGCAACUCUCUUCUGCAAAAGCUGAGGAUAUCUAGGUUCCAUUGGCUGAACAUUGUUGUUUCUGCUGAUUGUUUACAUUUCAGCCAGAUGGAAGGACCUGUAAGACUGAAAGAUAUUUUAUCUGUGAGAUAAAAGUAGGGUACAGAAAUUUGGUUUGCAUAUUUUUUGUUCAAUCUUCUCCCGUUUUGAUUUCUUGUCUUUACCUAGGAGCACUUUCUUGGCCUCAUUAUUGUCAAGACUUGAUUUCUGCAUUUGCUGCCGCAUUUAACCUGGCUACUUUUUGUUGCUGAAUUCCUCUUUGCAUUUUGUGCUGUGGUUUGCAGUUCCCACGUCAGGAUUGCUGUCUCCUGCUCAAAGAGUUAAUAAGAGACGUCAGCAGCAGGAUUCUUAUUCUCCGUCUGGCCGCCGGUCAGCAAGAAGCAGGAAGGACUAUUAUUCUACAUAUCAUAAGACCCCUAAUAGAAAAAAGUACACGCAAGAAGAGUGGGAACAGUUUACACAAGAAGCUACUCGUCAAGCUGUGGCUGAGUUGACAUCAUCUCCUGAAUUUACCGAAUGGGUUAUUAACAGUGCUGAUAGGAUGCAAAUCCUCCCAGAUGACACCUCAGAUGAAACAGUGGGAAGUGGAUCUGAUUCCACAGAUGAGCAGGUUUUCGAUGAUAGCACUGGCUUCCGAUUAUUCAAGUGGUAGAACUUAACUGUAAAUUUUAGCUGGUAACGUAGGACAUUUGUUCGUUAACCACUUUUGUAGAAGAACCCCUACUGCUGAGCUCUAACCAUUCAAGGAUAAGAAAAGAAAACAGAAGAUAGUCAGUUCAAGAAUAUCGAAGAGUUUUGUAAUUAGACUUUGGGUUUAGCAUCUUUCAACGUGUAAAAAUAUGUUGCAGUUGUGUUCCAUUUGCUGACUUCUAGGUUAGCUCAACUCCCACUUCUCUAGAUUGUUACUGUAAUCGAUUAAAUUGCUUCCUUUUCCUAUUUUUGAGGGAAUCAAGAUAUCAUUUUUACAUAGUUGCACUUUACAACGUUGAGUAGGGCUUAAUAGUGUUUGCUGAGAGAAUGGUGCAGAAGUAGUGUGCGCCUUUCUUCCUUUUCCUACUUGAAAUGGUUCACCACUUCACCUUGUGUAAUAUGUGAGAGGAUCUGUAAGGAUGAAAUUUUCUUCGAUGGUAUCGGGACAGACAUGAGGCUGAUCAGAAAUUAUAUAAUGCUGAGUCAUCAUGGUUGAUACACAUGCAAGCAAAAAAUAGAAGGUGCGACUUCUCCCAUCCUAGAAAAACUAGUGAUGUCUGGUCGCAUAAUGCGCGACACUGACCUAAUAUAUCUGUAGAUUUUAGAAAUGUUUGUAUCUGGAAAAAAAACUAUUUUGUAUUUGGGCCGAUAUAUUUUAGAAAUGUUUGAAGAAUUUAGAAAUGUUUUAUAAGUGUGAUCCUAGAAAUGUUUGUAUUUGGCAUAAAAAGAAAUUAUAUUUGGCCCG